AUGCCUCCUCUGAGACUGUUGAGAACUGGGAAUAAUGCGCAUGGUGUGAGAAAUCCCAUCACCUCGUAUCGCAUCCUCCAGCUCAACUGCAAUACCGACCGGUCCAUACCAAAACACGCACGCACCAUGGCCUCAAAUGGACCCUCCUCAGAAGGCCGCAAGCUCAAGAUCCUCAUGCUCCACGGCUUCACCCAGACGGGCCACAUCUUCGAGAUCAAAACCAAAGCCCUCAAAAAACACCUCGAGAAGUCCAUCCCCGCCGCUCCCAAACCCGGUUUCUUGAAAGACUACCCCGGCGGCGUGGAGCUCUCUUAUCCUACUGCGCCCAUCCGUCUCGACGUCACGGAUAUCCCAGGCUACGACGUAGACGGCGAUAAAGAGUCUCCGGAGGCCUACGGGUGGUGGCGACGAAAAGGCGAUGCCGAGCCAUUCGUGUAUGCGGGAAUGGAGCAAGGGCUGGCGAAGAUUGCGGAGGUGCUGAAGAACGAAGGUCCGUUCGACGGCGUGCUAGGGUUCUCGCAAGGUGGAGCAGCGGCAGGGAUGGUGGCGAGUCUGCUCGAGUCAGGGAGGAGAGAGGCUUUCGAGCAAGCGCAGGCGAAGGGCGGGAUGAGGUAUCCGGAUGCUUUCACGGAGGACACGGGGUUCGUGGAGGGGAUGGUGCAUCCGCCGAUGAAGUUUGCGGUGAGCUAUUCGGGGUUUGGGGCGAGUACGAAUGCGCUGUAUCAGGCUUUCUAUACGCCGAAGAUUCAGACGCCAAUGUUGCAUUUUCUCGGGAGUGUGGAUACGGUGGUGUCGGAGGAGAGGAGUUUGAGGCUGGUGGAUGCUUGUAUCCAGGGGCGGGGGAGAGAAGGGGGUGUGCAGCGAGUGGUGACGCAUCCGGGUGGGCAUACGCUGCCGAGUCAGAAGCAGUAUGUUGCUGCGCUCGUGACUUUCAUAAGGGAGGCUGUGAGCGAGGAUGUUGACUUAAAGGUGGAUAAGGUGGAGGAGAGGGCGGAGGAUAUGGAUGUUCCUUUCUAA